AUUUUAAAACGUAGUUUCUGCGCCGAGCGACGUUUCGGUCACAGCUCCAGGUGAAAGGGUGGUUCUCGGUCUGCCUCUCUUCCUCUUGCCCUGUGGGAUCCACAUCUGCGCCUGUUUUGUGAUUGAUUUCUUUCUUCUGAAUGUGUGGCCCAUCCACUUCCAUUUCCUCCUCCGGAUUUGAAUUUCUAUGCUGCAGAGCUCGAAGGCUCAUCAAAGGACCAGAUGAAAGGCGGACGCAACGACGUGAACUCAGCUCUCCAGCUCAAACACUGACAUAUGCUGCGGUGGCUCCUGGCUGCAGCCGCUGUGAAGGCCUAACAGAUGGAGGACGGCCUGGGAAGAGAGAGCAGAGUCAGCAUCUACAGGCUGCAAGAGAUGAGGGUGGAGAUGGAGGAGAAGAUGCAGGAGAAUAAAGAAAAGCUGCUGGCCGCAGCAAAGAUCAUGGUCCUGAAAGAGAGGGAGGCUUGGCAGAGCGAUAAACAGCAACAUCUGGACGAGAUCGAAAGUCUGAAAAAGAAGUUGUUUGCCACCGAAAAACAGAACAAGAAGCUGAAGGCCGACCUCUACAGAGGAGUAAGGGAGAUUGAACUAAGAGACAACAAGAUCAACUCUCUUAGCCACCGUCUCUCUGCCCUGGAGAAGAAGAGGGUCGAACAGGUCACCUCCCUUCAGCAGAGCCUCGACGCCCAGAAAGAGGAGACAAAGAGUGUGAGAGCUACUGCCACCACCAGGCUGGAGGACAACAAGAAGCAGUGGAUGGAGAAAGUCAACCAGCUGGAAGACCUCCUCACUAAAAAGGACCAAGAACUUGGCAGGGAGUCAAAGAAGAGGCGAGCACGUACAGCUGCUCAUAUCGACACCUUGGCCCAGCUGAACAAAGUGGAGGCAGCUCUGAAAGAGAGCAAGCUGAACAACAAAGCUCUUGAGGAAAGUUUCCAAAAAACUGAGAAGAAGCUGGUGGUGACAGAGGAGAACUUCAAGGUGCAGCAGCUGGAGGAGGAGAAAAGAGCCACUGAGGAGAUGCUGCUGACCAAAGAGAAGUCCACCUUAGUCAACAACAUUGAUCAACGGUGGCAGGACAAAGUCAAUCAGCUGGAAGAGCUCAUUGAAAAAAGAGAAAAACAGAUCAACAGGGCCAACAAGAAACUCCAAGUCCAAAAGCAGGAUCAUAAAGACACCCUGGUCCAGCUGAAGGAAGUGAAGGCAGCUCUAAAAGAGAGCAAGCUGAACAGCAAAGCUCUUGAGGAAAGUCUCCAAAAAACGGAGAAGAAGCUGGUGGUGACAGAGGAGAACUUCAAGGAAGAGCUCCAAAAGUCUGAUGAGCGCUUUAAAAAGCAGCUCUCCGACAAUCUGCUCAAAGCCAGUAAGGAGUUUUCCAAACUGUGUGAGACUUGGCAGAACAAGGUGCAGCAGCUGGAGGAGGAGAAAAGAGCCACUAAGGAGAUGCUGCUGACCAAAGAGAAGUCCACCUUGAUCAACAACAUUGAUCAACGGUGGCAGGACAAAGUCAAUCAGCUGGAAGAGCUCCUUGAAAAAAGAGAAAAACAGAUCAACAGGGCCAACAAGAAACUCCAAGUCCAAAAGCAGGAUCAUAAAGACACCCUGGUCCAUCUGAACAAAGUGGAGGCAGCUCUGAAAAAGAACAACCAGGAAGACAAAGCUUCUAAGAAAAAGAUCAAAACAACCAAGAAGAAGCUGGUGAAGGUAGUCUCUCAACGACCCUGGCCACCUUUCACCUGCUUUCUUCAUCUUUCUUAAUCUUCAUUAAAUAUGAAGAAUAAAAUAUAUAUAUAU